CGUUUAUUUUUGCUUGAGAAUCUCUUCCACUGUUAGUCUGUUUACCCAGAAAAAUGGCAGCGCAACAACUCUCCGUCGUCGCACUCAUUCUCUGUGUCUCCCUCUCUCUUUCCCUCUCUAACCCAGAAGACUUGGCGGCCUUGCUUGCCUUCAAGGCCUCCUCUGACCCUUCCAACUCGCUCUUUUCCUGGGUCAACUCGUCCGACCCCUGUUCCGCCACGUGGCUCGGGGUCACCUGCGACCCCACUACCCAUCGGGUCACCGGGCUCUUCCUCCAGGAUCUCAACCUUUCCGGUACGACUCAGCCGCUGAGUCAACUCGCCCAACUCAGACACCUCAGCCUCAACCGCAACAACCUCCUCGCUUCUUCUUCUUUGCCUCUCAACCUCUCCACGUGGCCACACCUCAAGCACCUCUACCUAUCCCACAACCGCUUCGACGGAGCAUUCCCUACCGGAAUAUCCCAGCUCCACCGCCUACGACGACUGGACCUCUCGCACAAUUCAUUCUCCGGCGAAAUUCCGCUUACCGAGCUGACUCGGCUACCGGGCUUGUUAACUCUCCGACUCGAAUCUAACUCCUUCACGGGUGAUCUAAACUCAGUUAACCCGUCCUCUUCUUCGAAUUCUUCUUCAUCAAUCUCGGAUUUCAACGUUUCUAACAACAAUCUCACCGGAGAAAUUCCAAAAUGGCUUUCACAGUUCCCGGCGAGCUCAUUUGCCGGGAACAAGCACCUCUGCGGCAAGCCGUUACCAAACGAUUGCUCUAAUCUAGCGGUCGAUAGUACUGGAUCGAGAAAAGCUGACAAGAAAACCAGGGGAAAAAAAGAUCCGUUGGUGCCCGUGUACAUUGGUGCAGAUGCAGUGGCAGUGUUGGGAAUAAUCGUGGCCGUCACGUGCUGUGUAAUCAAGAAGAGAAAUAGAAGCGGGACCCACAUGGUGGAAAACAGGUUCGGGUUGAGGAGGACAAAUGGUACUCGUGGGAAAGUGGAGGAGGAGGAAAUGGUGGUGUUUGAAGGGUGCAAAGGAGUAGAUGAAGUGGGUGAUUUGUUGAAAGCUUCGGCUGAAUUGUUGGGCAAUGGGUGCAUGGGGAGCACCUACAAGGUUGUGAUGGACGGUGGUGAUGUUGUGGCAGCGAAGAUGGUGAGAGGAAAAUCGAAGAAGAAAGAGGUUGAUGGUUGGUUGAGAUUGAUUGGUGGGUUGAGGCAUUGUAAUAUCGUGAGCCUUCGAGCAUACCAUCACUCCAACCAUGAGUUGCUUUUGGUUUAUGAUUUUCUACCCAAUGGAAGCCUACAUUCUCUCUUGCAUGGAAAUCGAGGGCCGGGAAGAACACCAUUGGAGUGGAGCACGAGGAUAAAAGUAGCCUCAGAUUCCGCGCAGGGCCUCGAAUUCCUCCAUGCAUACGACAAAGCCAACCUCUGCCACGGACACCUCACAUCAUCAAACAUCCUGGUCGACCACUUGGGCGCUGCUUGCAUAACUGACGUUGGUCUCCGCCAGCUCUUCCCCGCCGCCACAACAUCCUCGUCGCGCGAUGACGCCUACGAAGCCCCAGAAUUACUUCUCACCCAAAGAAAGCACUUCACGCAGAAAUGCGACGUUUACAGCUUCGGGGUGAUUUUGCUGGAGAUUUUGACGGGAAAAAUGGCGGCGGAGGAGGGAGAAGUGAAUUUGGUGAAGUGGGUUGUUCAACGCGUGGCGCCAGAUCUCGAAGAGUGUGCACGGCAGGUGUUUGAUUUUGAGCUUUUGGCGUACAAAGAGAUGGAGGUGGAAAUGAUGGCGGUUCUGCAACUGGCUCUGCUUUGCGUGGCCCAAUUGCCAAAAGAUCGUCCCAAGAUGAGCGUGGUGCAUAGGAUGAUCGAAGAUAUUAGUGUGAAGGGUCGGAGGGAAGUUGGGGCAAAGUCUAUUUUCAAUGAUUUAUCUUUUGAUUCUUCGCCGUCUCCAUCAGAAACCAUCUAAAUUGGGAAAAGGAGAUGAAGGAAUUGAAGGCUUAUGUUUUCAAGGGGACAACCAUGGCAGGAGAAAGGGACGAUGAUGUUUUAUGUUUUCUUGUGGCUGGAAUUUGAUGUUGUGUCAUAAACUCAAUAGAUAUAUUUAUAUCAUAGUUGUACUUUGUACCUUAUAGCAUCUAUCAAAUAUCAAAAGUAUCAAAAUCAUCACUUUUUAUUUA